AUGAAAUUCUUGAUUGUUUUGGCCGCUUUAAUGGCUCUCGCCACAGCCGAGCUCGUCGUAGGACCUAAUGCAAGGACUACCAUUACUGGACCUGAUGGUAGUCAAAUUGUAGCUGAUGAUUAUAGCGGUUCUGUCCUCAACUCUAACUUGGUGUACACCGCACCAUCAGUGCCGUUUGUUCGCUACGCUCCCUAUCCAUUAAUUUCAUCAUACUACCCAUAUUAUGGAAGAUAUGUGCAACUCGUCUGA